AAAAAAUUAGUGUAGUAACAACUGAUUAAAGGUUGUCUGGUUUGGUUUGAAAAUUUGCCGUCGAAAAGUGAAUGCAGGAUUCAUUUGGAAGAAUAUGUUUUUGGCAUUAAAGGAGUUACAAUCUAUUUCAAAUACGACUCAUCUGAAUCAAAGAUCAGCAAUCGCUACCACUUCACUCUCCACUCUUCGUUUUUACUCAACCGGAGCAGGCGGGGAAGAUGCCUCUUUGUCUGCAGUGGACAUAUUUAAGAUGUAUGAGAGAUACUCACAGAAGAAAGGUUGGAAGUUUGAUGUUAUAGAUUUAACAGAGUCUGAUCUGAGAGGAUACAAGGAAGCUAGUGCGGCAAUCUCAGGAGCUGGUGUCUAUGUGAAGCUUAAAUUUGAGAGUGGAAUUCAUGGGGUUCAGGUUUCAGUACUACCUAUUUGGCUUACAAUGUAUGAUUCAGAGCAGAAAUUACAAACAGUUGUCAUCUUGCGGCGUGUUCCUGUGAGGGAGAAGUCUGGACGAGUUCAUGCCAGUGCUGUCUCUGUUACUAUCCUUCCUCAGGCUGAUGAGGUAGAUGUCCAGUUUGAGGAAUGAAGAUUUGAGGAUUGAUACUUACAGAUCUGGUGAUUCAGGUGGUCAGCAUGCAAAUACCACCAAUAGUGCUGUCCGAAUAACUCAUAUUCCAACUGGGAUGACUGUAUCCAUCCAAGAUGAACGAUCUCAACAUAUGAACAAUGAAGAGAUCUUGUCACUGUAAACAGAUUGGUAGUGGUGAUAGAUCGGAGCUUAUCCGUACUUACAAGUUCCCUCAAGGGCGUGUCAUGGAUUGUUGUGUUAGCAUCACUCAUCAUGCUAUAAAUGAUGUGAUGCAGGGAGAAAAUAUAGAUAUCUUCAUAGAUGCUCUUCUUUUACAGCAGGAAAUGGAUGCAAUUGCCUCAUUCAGUUCUAGUCAGUGAUGCUGGUGAAUGUGGUCUUUACCCAGGGCCUAGUUUUGAUCAUAUUUUUUAAUGGUGUUAAGGUUUAAGUAGAUUAUUUAUUUUUUAAAUUUGCCAUGGUUUAGC